AACGGUAUAUUCUGAUUCCAGGUGCCAUCUUCUUUGUUCCACUUCCCAGGUUGCCACUGUAAACCCCAACCCAUCAUUUUGCAGAAAAACCACUAAAAGAUUCCAGUCCUUCCGUUCCUCUCCUUUCACCCUCAUGGAAACCCACGAAACCACCGUUGAGAAAUAUGUCUAUUCGGUCUGGGCACUCCCGCCGGAAGAUGUGGCGUCCAGGCUGAAGAAGUUGAUGGUGGGUCUGAGAUCGGAGUUCGGCGGGCCCGAGUUCGAGCCUCACAUCACGGUUGUUGGUGCCAUCAAUUUGACGCCGGAUGAUGCGUUGGCCAAGUGCAGAUCAGCUUGCCAGGGGCUCAAAGCCUACAAUGCCACCGUCGAACGUGUUGCUACCGGAACUUUCUUUUAUCAAUGCGUGUUCUUGCUGCUCCAGCCCACGCCUGAGGUAAUGGAUGCCAGUGACCGCUGUUGUGGACAUUUGGGUUAUGUACGCUCCACGCAUAAGUUCUCAUUCAGGAUGCUGCUGAGAGGGGCAUCUUAGUAGCUUCAUAGAUAUCCUGUUUUAGAGGCUUGCUUAUUUCAAAUUUCUGGAUAUUGGUUUUGUUAUCUUGUGUGGAUUAGGUGUUUUAACCUCUGAUAAAAUUUGAAUAUCUUG